UAUUCGUUAGAAUUCAGUGACGUUUCCAUGUAACAUCAGCGAGAACAGUAACAUCACAUAUUUCGACCUCCAUUCAUCCUUCGAUACUGUGUGCGGUCUUCGGUCUUGAUUUUAGCACUAUUUUCAAAUAAAUUUAAUUAUUUUCCCACUGGAAAAGCUUAAACUGGGCUUAUAAGUGUUUUACGCUUAGCUAGUAAGUGUAUCAUAAAUAAUUAUAAUUGAAAAUGGCGUUGAAAUCUACACCGGUACUGUUCGCAAUGCUGGGGCGGCUUUCGAGGCGUAGUUUUUCCACUUCAAAGGCUCUUUCGGCAAAGCCUAUGACCGUCCGUGAUGCCUUGAACCAGGCCAUUGACGAGGAGAUGGAACGGGACGAAAAAGUAUUUGUUUUGGGCGAGGAAGUUGCUCAAUACGAUGGCGCGUACAAAGUUACUCGAGGCCUAUGGAAAAAGUAUGGAGACAAGAGAGUCCUGGAUACUCCCAUCACGGAAGCUGGCUUUGCUGGCCUGGCCGUGGGUGCUGCGUUUGCUGGCCUCAAACCCAUCUGCGAGUUCAUGACCUUCAACUUUUCCAUGCAGGCUAUUGAUCAUAUCAUCAACUCUGCCGCGAAAACGUUUUACAUGUCAGCGGGCAACGUGCCGGUUCCAAUCGUGUUCCGCGGGCCCAACGGCGCGGCGAGCGGCGUGGCCGCGCAGCACUCGCAGUGCUUCGGCGCGUGGUUCAGCCACUGCCCCGGGCUCAAGGUCGUCAUGCCCUACAGUGCCGAGGACGCUAAAGGUCUCCUGAAAGCCGCUAUUCGCGACCCGGACCCAGUUGUAGUACUAGAAGACGAGAUCUUGUAUGGUAUGCAGUUCCCCAUGUCCGACGAAGCGCUGUCUCCAGAUUUUGUAUUGCCAUUCGGGAAGGCUAAGAUUGAGCGUGAAGGAAGCCACAUCACGCUGGUGUGCGCAGGCAAAGCCACCGACACCGCGCUGCAGGCCGCCGCUGAGCUCGCCACCAAAGGUGUCGAGUGCGAAGUUAUCAACCUGCGAUCCCUGCGGCCACUGGACUUCGACACGAUCGCGCAGUCCGUCGCCAAGACGCACCAUCUCGUCACUGUCGAGCAGGGCUGGCCUCAGAGCGGCAUCGGCGCGGAGAUCUGCGCGCGCGUGAUGGAGUCGCCCACGUUCUUCGAGCUGGACGCGCCGGCGUGGCGCGUGACAGGUGCCGACGUGCCCAUGCCCUACACGCGCAGCCUCGAGCUGCUCGCGCUGCCCCGCCCCGACAGCGUCGUCGGCGCCGUGUCCGCCGUGCUGCAGAACAAGUGA